GAUGAAGAUGUUUUGGAAGGCCUCCGACCACACUCAAAUCUGCAAAGAUUAGCUAUUUAUGGUUAUGGAGGUAAAAACUUACCGUCAUGGAUGUUGGCAAGCAACUGUAGCUACAGUAAUGAAGUGUUUUUGAUCAAGAACUUGGUGAAAUUGAACAUUCAAGGGUGCAAGAAGUUAGAAAGCAUUCCGGUAAUGAAAGAACUUUCAUCCCUUCAGCUGCUUGGUAUUUGGGACUGCAAUGAAUUAAGUACCAUAGCUGAUGAAGCAUUUGCGACAUUUGAGUCCCUGCAAGAGUUAAGCAUAGGAAAUUGUCCUAAGCUGGCAAGUGUUCCAACAAGUGGGUUACAAUCACUUCUGAAACUCUUCAUUUCUAAUUGCUCUAUAAGCACCAUCGGAGAUAUACUAGCAGCCUCCAAGUGCCUUAAGCACUUAUCUCUGGGAGAGCUGCCUAAUUUGGGGUUUAUUCCAAGUAUUGAUGGGCUUACAUCUCUUCAGACCAUUGAUCUGUCUAGGCUUCUUAAUCUGAGGCUUAUUCCAAGUCUUGAUGGGCUUGCAUCUCUUCAGACCAUUGAUCUGUCUGGGCUUCCUAAGCUGAGGAUCAUUCCAAGUCUUGAUGGGCUUACCUCUCUUCAAGAUUUAUAUUUGUCUGAAUGUGAAAUAGAGUGUCUACCAAGUGGGUUAUCAUCCUGCAUUGCUCUUAAACGUCUGACAGUAAGGACGUGCCAUAACUUGAUCUCUAUUCCAGAAGAAUUGAAGGAAUUGCAUUCUCUUGUUGAGUUAGAAAUUGUAGAUUGUUCAAAAUUGAGAAGCAUCCCAGAGAAGCCCCUCGCGUGCCUUACUAGCUUGAAAAAAUUGAAUAUUGGUGGUUUUUGGGAAGAGCUAGAGGACUUCCCUGGACUUGGUUCCAUUCUCUACCUGAAGACCUCACUCGAAGAGUUGCGGUUGUAUGGAUGGAAAAAAUUAACUAAGUUGCCACCUCACAUUCAACACCUCACUGCUCUAAAGGGGUUGUCUAUUAGUAAGCUUGAGGCAGUGGAAACAUUGCCAGAGUGGUUGGGAAACCUAUCCUCCCUAAAAGGAUUGCAUGUUGAUUCUUGUUCUGGAUUAAGAUGUUUAUCGAGUGGGCUGUCAUUCUACACCGGUCUCAACACACUUACUAUACAGGAUUGUCCUAAUCUGGUCUCUAUUCCAGAGGAAGUUAUCGGCCAUCUUACCCAGUUGAAGAGGUUGUCUAUUGGUGGUUUCUCAGAAGAGUUGGAGGAAUUUCCGGGUCUGAAUUCCAUCAACACCUCCCUUGAAUGCUUGAAAUUGUAUGGUUGGGAAAAGUUAAGUCAGUUGCCUCAUCAAAUUCAACACCUCACUGCUCUAAAGUCCUUGUGGGUAGCCGGAUUUGAUGGAGUGGAAGUCUUACCAGACUGGUUGAGAAACUUAUCCUCCCUUGAAUAUCUAUAUGUUGAGAAGUGCAAGAAUCUGAAACGACUGCCUUCUGCGGAAGCCAUUAGACGACUCUCCAAAUUGCGGUGUCUUUACGUUUGUGACUGCUCCUUGUUAGAGGAAAGAUGCGCCAAGGAAAGCGGUCCUGAGUGGUCCAAAAUUUCUCACAUUCCAACCAUCCACAUGAAGGACAAGUACAUUUAAUCCCAAGAUUGAGGUUUGCGAGAGGCAACAGGCAUGGAACUACUUUUCCCUUGUAAUAACAUAUACACCAUUGGCCUUGAAACACCAAACAGAGCCUCAUCUAAGAAUCAAGCAAUAGCAGAGGAAUGGAAUGAAAGUAGCUUCCCCAAGCGAAAGAUGAUUCUGGUAUGCUUUCUUUUAUUAUGUAUCCUAAUUAUUAUUUGAGAACUGAGUGAGGCUUUAGUCUUACAGUAAACUUGCUUCUUGAAAAAUUUUGAAAACUACAGAAUGUUCUUGGAGGUGCUCAGUUUUAAUCAAUUAGGAACAUACCUUGUAUCUCUCAUUUGUUACUUUGAAGGAAAACUGUUGCAGGUAAAAACCAAACCAAAGUUCAUACUAGUUAUACUUCAUUUAAAGGGCAUAUGCAUUUUCAAUUCCUUGGCAUCAACUACAUAAUUUUAUAGAUUCGAAUUCUGAAGAUUUUGUUCAAGUGUUUAAAUUUAAGAAACAUAUAUCACUCCCAACGCAGCUAAGAUUACUUCUUUUGAAAUUCAGAUAUGUAGAAGCAUUCCACCCACCAAGACGUGGAUAUGAGGAACAAGUUCAAGCUGAUUUAAUAGUAAGUUGCUCAGCUUGAAAGAUUAUGCAAAUCCUAGAUUAAUCUUUAACUUCAAGUUAAUAGGAAAGUUAACAAUGAUGAGAAGGGUUGGUUUCGCGCCACGUGUCAUUGCCUAUGAGUCGGAGCUUUACGGCGCCGUUUUGUUUUGAUUAGCUGUCGUUGAUCUGACGGCUGUAUUUUAUCGGGAAAAUUGUAAAUACGGCUGUGUUUUAUUGGCAAAAUUGUAAAGAAGGAUAGUGAGUUGGUUGCAAU